UUAGUAGGAACGUGACCGUUCGCCGUGCCGAAGCGUCUCCGAUCGCGUGGUUCCCGCUCGUCACCGGCACCUGGGCCGCGCGCGACCAGAGAUCUCCGUCGACGCGCGAACCGAUCAAACGUGUAAGACCAGCUACGGCCGGGGAAAAACGGGGUCAACCGACCCUGGUGGUCGCGUGGCACGGGUGACUCGGAAAGGAAACGAAAGAAACGAAAGUAAGGUAAAUGCGGCAAAUUGUGGACGCGCUUGCGCUACGCGAUUCACUGUACAACCACGCGUUGCGACUGGAGCCAAACGGAAGACGCAGUGUGACUCUUCGUCGACGUGACGUGGUAGGGAGUAACUAAAUGCAAGAAUACGCGUUACCAUCGUGCCAAGGGAACCGAUAACAUCGAAGCGAGCGAAGCGCGGGGGCGGCGAAGGCGGCCCAUGUGAACGAACACGCGCCGGCUUCGACAGAAAACAACGGCAUGAGAAGUGAUUAAACUCUGAUUACAUCUAGCCUGCUGUGGGAUGAUCGUGACUCGCCGCUUACUUAAUUCGUGAGUCGGUCGUAGAGGCCAGCGGCGAUAAGAUCCGCUCGAGUACCUCAGAAACGAGCUCGCGUCAGCGAAAGGCCAGCACGAGCUGAGUCGGAGUAAUCGUCAGAUGAAUUAAAAAGUCUGGGAAGAUUCGAACAGUAUGACGAAUACCUGAAAUUGGACAUGACGCGAUGCACGAGUCACGGACGAUGGUAACCGCGUUUCGAGCGAGAAAGAAAAAACGGAACGGACGAUAAAUAUUUCAUGCUUUAUCUCACAGCCAAUUAUUAUUCGCGAAGGCGCAGUUUACACGUGCUGGUCGAAGGUUGCUCGCAAAGGCUAAUCGGCAAGCUAUUUAGCGCGAUGAUCUAACCGAGAGGAGAUUCCGUGUGCGUGUAUACUCGACAAGAUCCGUGCCCGUUCAUUGACCGACAUUGAUCACUGGUCGUCGCGUCCGGAGACGGCGAUGAAAUCGAACGUGUUCGCCAGACUCGGUGGUAACCGAUCGCGGCCACCCUCGCGAUCGUCGUCGCGCCGCUGUCAAUGACGCGUGGCCGUCGCGUCGAGACUUGGGCAUCUCGGGGAUACAGCAGAGCUUCCGGUACCGCGAGGAGAGACUGUUGCCGCGUGAUGAACCAGGGGAAGCGAGACCGUUGAGAGAAAAUCGUGAGCACCAGUGCCGUAGUCCUGGGGGCCCAGGGUCUACGCGCGGUCUAAUAAUAAACCGUGUGGCGAACACCGUUUCGGUAGUGGGGCGCUGGUCGCUAGCGGGUGAAAAUAGAAAAGAAUGUUUUUGGAAUCCAAUUGGACUUGGUUGGACGAACGAUGGGGCAAUAUGGCCGACUUGGCCGAGCGGGUGGACGAUCUGAUAUGCAGUUUCGACUCGGCUGGUGACACGACCAUGGAUACGUUAUCGAUGCUGAUAUUCGGCUGGAUGUUGUUCGGCUUGGUGGUUCUGUGCGUCGGCAAAUACGUAUACAAUCGUUUCGUUCUGAACGAGCUCACCCCUGGGACAAUAACUACCGCCAAGGACGGCCAUAUCGUUCACGGUGAUAGCGUCGGUGUCGGUGCUGGUGGUGGUGGUACCGGUAGUGGUGGAGGUGGUAGCGGUAGUGGCGGCAAGUUAGCCUCGACUGGGAAGCAAAAAAUCGCAUCGGCAUCGCCUUCGGGGGCAGGUGGUGGCGGUGCCGGUUCCGGUUCGCUUGCGGCUGUCAAUCACCCGUCCGGCGGUACCACCGCCGGACCAGCUUCCGGUACCUCUCCGUCGUCCUACGUGCCACCUACGCCCCCCGUGCGCAAACGGCUCACCGCGAGAAAAACCUCUGGAAGCUUGAUCAGCCCCGCGCGGAGCACCAAGAGCUUGCAUCUGCCUACCGCGACCGGCGCCGAUCCGGAAGCCGUCCGCUGGGUGAACGAGGUCAUCGUUUGGCUUUACUCGGAUCCGGCGAUUCUCGAUGAAUUGCUGGCCGUCUGGGUCGCGUCUCUCAAUCAAUUCACGGCUAACUCCGUGAACGAGCACGGAGUCGGAGUUGAGUUCGUCAGGGUUCUACCCGAAACGCAUCCACCGAAUUUGUCGAACAUCUUUUGCGAGUGCGACUCUAAAGACGACGUGACGAUCACGUGCGAUUGUGAAGCCACGCCGGCGUUACAGCUGAAGGCUUCCCGCCGGAAAUCCGAUAAACUGGAAGUGAGCCACUAUCGAGUAAACGUGAACCGGUUCCGCGCGCGAUUAAACGUCAUUUGCAUCACCGAGAAGCUCCUCCUGGACCUGAAAUGCGACGGCUGGCCGGAUGUCAAAGUAUCGUUGGCCCAAGUUGGUACAAUAAAGAAAGAUCUGGACGAGAGCCAGUUGCAGGAAGUCGUAACGGAAAUCGUAAUAGGCGCGUUAAGGGGGACGAACGUUCAUCUGAAUUUAUUUCAAUAUCCCAACUGUCCGCGAUUAUGGAGGGAACCGAUCUCCACUCAACCCAGCUUCUCGAUACCCACGCACUACGACAAUAUGACGACAUCGAGCGGCUCGUUGCAAGCCUCGCGGCAAUGGCUUCAAAGGCAAACACCGACGCCCACGCAGUACGUCCCCGGUGACAGACGAUUGCUCGUCAAAGUCGUCAAAGCAACAGAAUUAGGAGGCGAGCAAGGCGCCAUGGAACCGUACUGUGUCGUCGAGCUGGACGAGCCAUCUCAAAAGAAUCAAACAUCGACCAAAAAGGACACUCGAAAUCCGCUUUGGGACGAGGCGUUCUUAUUCGAUGUAAAUCGGAACACAUCGGAGGUACUGUUAGAAAUUUAUGAUCGAGUGAACAAGUCCCAACGAUUCUUAGGCUUAGGAAUUGUGGGGAUCGAUGAACUUCUAGCGAAUCCUAGUCAAAGGCAAAUUAUACCUCUUCAAAAUCGGCCGUACGAAGAAGAAGACAUCACCGGAACCUUAACGGUCGAGUUUCUGUUCAUCGAGGGCGCGGAGGUGCCUCAGAUCGGGAGCAAACCUUACAAGGUGAAGGAGACGUUAAAACCGGUGUCACCGACUCCCCGUACCUACACCCCGACAAACCUGAUCAGCGACAAUAGUCUAAAUUACAACAAUGGUAACAGCACACUUAUCUUGUACGACUCUACCGUUGAUCAAUCCGAUGGGGAUUACUUAACGAACGGGAACGUGGUGGACUCACCCUACAGGACUGGUCAAAGCAACGGGAACAAAGGGACUCUGAUCGUUCACAGUCAACAAAGGCAGCCGGAGCGGCAGGUGGUCAAGGUCGCCAUCACGGAGAGCGGGAACUGGCAGGAGAUCUCGCCGGAGCAUGGGGCGAAAGACACUAGCGCGACAUCGGGACCAGAAAGCACGCCAAAUUCGUCCAAUUCCGAAGAGCGAGGGAGGACGCGGAGAAAACGACGAGACUUUUUCGGGACGAUAAAGAAACGACUGAGCAGAUCGAAGACGAGGAGCAGGUCGGUGGGUCCGGAGGGUGACGCGAAUCACGAGGAUCCACACUCGAGAUCCAUAUCUGCGGACAGGGCGCGCGACCCCGGCUCGGCUCGUUUAUCGAUACCAGGAAGGGAAGAACAUUCGAGGCGGUCGAGUUUGAGCGAGGCGUCCGGUAUUAGCGGAGCGUCGACCAGAACUUACGUUAACGAGGCCUCCACCUUGAUUCUCGAGACGUUCGAGAACGGUAUCAGAAAGCAUUACCUAGUGCCGCUGUCGUUAGCGCAGAAGAGCAAGUGGAGGAAGAAAGGGACGAAGCUUCAUAUAUUCAACGACCAUACGUUCAUUGCGAAACACAUACCAGGAGGUACCGUGUGCGAGGUAUGCAAGCGAACGUUAGCCCGGAGAUUGGGCAAGCAGGGGUACGAGUGCAGAGACUGCCAGAUGAAGUGUCAUAAGCACUGUCACGUCAAAGUCGACACCACGUGUCCCUCGUCUACCAUCCAGAGCAUCGAACUGUCUCUACUGCCAGUACUCAGUGAAUAGGAUGGGACGUGUAUCAGAGCUCCACCGCCUCAACGAAGAUCGACCAGCCGUCUCUGCUAGCCAAGUUCUGGACUCAAUCAAACGAGCCAUGGAUCGUCCUUAACGAACGAUCAAUUCUCUCAAUCAAUUGACGUUCAAACCGCUUCGUACGUAGUCGCACAAAUGCAAUAACAGAGUAACUCGAUUGACCUUUUCAACAAAGAAUUAACGAUUCUUUCCGGGAACGAUCAGUCUCGUUGCUCGCAAACUAUACGCCAUAUACUAUCGAGCACGAAGCGCUUUUGAACGCGACAGCGCACCGUUCUGCUAUCCGUGCAUAUGCCGUUAAAUUAUUUUCAACAAAACGAACACGAACGAGAAUAUGAACACGAACGAAACGAAACGUAGCAAACGAAACGGAGGAGAAGACAAGGAGCAAAUCUUGUCGACUAUUAUAUAUUUAUGCUGUACUAUUUAUUCUGAUUUAUCUCGAUUCCCUGUGGAACGUCUAAUGAAAGUUUUUACGCUGAAAGCAACUUCAGAUUUUCUAGAUAUCGUAGAUCUCCUUCUUUCGUUCGUUUCUCUUGCUCGUUCUCUUAGGAACACACGAGAAAUUUUUCAUUUAGGAAUAAGUAGGCCGCGGAUUUUCCACAAAAAUUUUGAGCACCAGGAGAAUACGAGCGUCAGCGAACACAGGGAAAUUCCUAUCUGAAAUCGAUUUUUUUAAAUGUUUUAUUCUGUAUGAAAAUCCGCGGCUCUGGGGAUAAUUUAAAGCUACACACCGGUGAGAAACGAAAUACGUGAAUGAUAGUGCCUCUAGAAUACGAAAGUUCGUCGUGAUCUUUGAAACAGUUUUAUCUUUAUCCCGUGGAAAAAAUAUAUUAUAUUAUAUGUAUAUAACACUCUCUUUUGACAAUAUUUUCGAUCGCUCAGCGACGAGUUCGAUGAAAUCAAAAAAUCAAACGCUUCGACACGCACACUUGUGCCUAUUUAUCGUGCGUAAUGAAAAUGGGCAUCGAUACACAAUGCCGGCUGAUAAAUACUAUUAUUAAUUCUGAUUAUUAUAUAAUUGACGAUGAUCAUGGCGAUCAUCGCUAAUAUUGAUAUUAUUAUUAUUAUUGUUGUUGUUGACGGUUCAUUGUUACGGUAGCCGAGGCUACCGCUGAUAGAAUAUGAAACAACGAUGGAGACACGAUUGUAACGAUGAUGAUAAUGAUAAUAAUACUGUGUUACGUUGAAAGAAAUAAAAUGGUUACAUUAUGAUUUUA